AUGAACUUCCAAGACCUCCGCCGCAAAGCAGAAUCAGCCGCGUCGACAGCCCGCCUCGCCCACUCGCUCUCCUCCUCCCCACUCGGACAGAAACUCGUCGCUGCCUCAGCCCAACCCUCUCUCUCCGCCGCAGAACGCCCGCGGACCCCGCCCGAACCAGUCAAACCUUCACUCGCCUCUCAGCGUGGGGAGAACACCCCUUCGUGCCCGUCCCAGUCGCAGAGGUUCGCGAAUUCGACGUCCCUCCAGCUACAGGCGAGUAGGAAUGCCCCGCCCCCGCCGCCGACGAGGAGGGUAGGUGAGGGAGGGAGAGCGGUGCCGCCGGCGAGGGCGGCGAAACCGGCUGGGCUUGCGGCGGCGGGGGCGAGCAGUUCGAGGGCAGGUGCUCCUCCUCCUGCUCCUCCGCCUCGAGUAGGCUCCGCCGCCCCUCUCCCCGUCGAUCCCCCACGACCCGUCCCCGCACCGCCCUAUGCAGCCGCCCUCGCACCAACUCUCCCAGCCCGCUCUCACCCCGCUGCGAAGUCUCCGAGCGAUUUCGAAGCGCCGACGAGGAGGAAGAGGUUCGAUGAGUAUGAUGAGCGGGAUAAAGGGGCGUUCUUUGAGGUGUUGGAUGAGUUCUUCAGCUCACGUCUAACUAUCAGCACUACGACCAACGACGACACUACUUCACACCCCGUCCCUCCCGCCACACCUCCUCUCACCGCUCGUCCCGCCUCGACCCCCGCCUCCUCCUCCUCCUCCUCCUCCGACUCCUGCGCCGCCCUCUCACUCCUCCACUCCCUCCUGCACCCCUCCCCUUCGCAACCCCCUCCCUUCUCAACCCUCUUCUUCCUCUCUCCCCCGCAAGUAACCUCCCACCUCCCGCCCUUCCUCCUCUCCCGAUCCGACCACCGCACCGCCUUCUCCUGGUCCCAAACCACUCCAAGCCGAAUGACACACCUCGCUUGUGCGGUAUUCGCAGACUCCAGUGUCGCGUGGUGGAAAAUUGACUUUGACCCUUCUCUCGCGAGGGAGAAACUCGCGCGUGGAGAAGGAGUGAGAGUAGAGGGACGGUACCGAGCUCCUACGAAGGUUGAAGAGUGGAGCGCGGAGGAGUUGUUUGAGGCUUCGGAGGUGUAUGGGAGGAGAGUGGCGGACUUUGCGCGGAGAGCGGUGGAGCGUGGGCAACCGGUCGGACGAGGAGAAUGUUGGGACCUCGCUCACGAUGCUCUCGAGUCCGUCGGACCCAAAGUCUGGGCGCAAGGAGGCGAGCCGCCCUUCCCCUCCAUCGGCCGCUCGCACGGCGCACUCCUCUUCCAUGCCUCCUCUGCGCGUCUCGACGAGCGAGGAAGGAUAGUGGGAGAGUGGUAUGGAGGGGAUGGGUAUGUGAGGCAGGGGGAUGUGAUUCAGUGGAGGAGCGUGAGGAUCAGGGAGCUGGGAGGGAAGGAGGGGAGUUAUUGUCUUUUGGGAGAUCCGGAGCACACAGCGAUCGUCCUCUCCCCUCACCCGCCCUCCUCUCCCCCCUCCCUUCCCCCUUCUCCGCCCUACAGCGACCCCUCCUACCCCCUCUCGUCACUCACAGCCCUAACAGUAGCCGAACAAUCGCUCUCCCACCCUCCUUCCAUCAGGACGUACGACCUCGGAACGAUGGACGAGGGCGAAGUGUGGAUCUAUAGGCCUGCGAGUAUGAGGAGGGUGACGGGCGUGAGGGGGGUGGAGACGGGGUGGGAGGAGUUGGAUCGGGAGGGCGUGGAGUAUCAGACUGUUAGGUAG